AUGGAAGACGAGACGCUGCCGCCAGAGAUCGAAGGAAUUUGUGAGGACUUCCACCAGUCACUUCUCCGAACAGAUGCUGUGUUGAAGAAACUUCUAGCCGUUCCUCACGAAUCUCUGGAUGAGAAUCUAACAACUCUAGACAAAGCAAGACUCAACUUGACGCUCUGCUAUGCCAUAGACUCCUUGUUUUGGGCUUUCCUAAUGGUGCAGGGCGUCCCACCUCGUGAACAUGCAGUCCAAAAGGAACUGGACCGUGUCAAACAGUACAUGGGGAAGUUGAAAGAAAUCGAGGAGAAAGAAAUGAAACCAGAGAAGAGACUAAAUAAAGGUGCUGCCCAACGGUUCGUGAGAAGUGCUUUGUGGGAGCCUACAGAACAAACUGAAGGAAACGAAAAUGCAAGUGACACGGAGGAGAGAGGUACCGACAAGAUGCCAGACGGAGAGCUUGCCAAUGUAAAGAAAAUACGGAAAAGAAAGAAGAGCAAGGCAGCUCUUGACAAAUUGAACGGAGAUGAUGGAGCGUCCGGUGACACUCCACUGAUUAAGAAACUAGUAAAGAAACGGAAACAAAAGAACGGCGACGAGUCCACAGAUACAUCACAGUCAGAUGUUAUGAACACAGAAGAUAUGGAAACUGUCCAUGGAAAGGCUGGAAAGAAUAAGAAACGGACAAAGAGACCUUAAAAUGUGUUUUGUGUCUUCACAUUAAACAAUCGCUCAAUGGCAAACUAAGCUAUCUUUUGUUCUAUGAACAGACAAUUGACCUUUAUAUUCGGUCUCAUGUAUAAAUAGUGAGAUUGUAGAGUCAGUGUUUUGAGGCAGAGGGCUAGAGGAAAAUCGUAAUCAAAGAAAUAAUCAUGAACCAGUAUAA